AUGAUAUCUCAGAGUGGUGAAAGACUUGAUAGUGAGCGAAGAUCUUGUUGUAAAUGUUUUAUAACUCUUUUAUUUUUGUUUAUCCUUUUAUUGAUUUUACGAAAAGAAAAAGAAGAAGAGGAUGAAAUGAAAAAUAGAAGUAAAGUUAAUUUGAGGCAAAGUGAAAAUUAUAGUAAGGACUUUUUAUUUGGGUAUAUAAGAGAAAUUAGCUUUUUAAAAUAUAAUUCCAUAAAAUAUAUAUCUCCCAAUAGAAAAAUUUUGCCUAGUAUAACGUACAUUGAUAAUUACGUUUUACAAGUAGAAGGAUAUGAUAAUGUUUUACAUAAUUUUGAAAAUUUAUCUGUUAGAAUAAAUGAAAAAAAUAAUAAUUUCUACAUUUUUGCAUUGCCAGAUAAUAAAAAUAAAAAUUCUAUAUGUGCCAACAAAAGUUAUUCAGAUGAUUCAUGUGCGAAAAUUAAUACUGUAUUGAUAGAUAAAUCUUUAUUCAAGAAUAUGAAAAUUCAAAGUUGUAAUGAAGAACAAAGUAGUUUUUGUUUUUUUGUAUUUGUUCAAUUAAAAAAAAAUAAAUGUUACAACUUUAUAAACUUAUCUUAUUCUUGUCACGUGAAUACUAUGAAAAAUCCUGAUAUAUUUCUAAUUAAUAAUUAUUGUUACGUUAUUUUAGCUAGUUCUAAGGUAUCAAGUAUAGAUGAAUUUAUUCAAUUUAAUUUAUUAAAUAAUGAAACUUUUAAUGAAAAUACUAAAACUAAAGAUGUGGAAAUAGUGACUCAUUUUUGUGGUAAUUUAUUAAAUCAAAUUGCAACAAUAGAUGCAGUUAAUUUUAGAUUAUUAUUUAUACAACAUUACAUACAUACUAAUGAUAAAAAUAUAAAUAACGAAAUAAAAGAAAAUAAGAUAGAAUCAAAUGAAGAAAAUGAAGAAAAUGAAGAAAAAAACAUUUAUAAUAAGUAUAGUAACAAAGCACAUAAUAAUACAUUGAAAUUUAAAAUAAAUUAUUAUUUAACUAUAAUAGAUUUGGCAUCAGAAAAUAAGGAUAUAAUUGAAUACGUAGACUAUAUGAAAAAUAAAUCAGAGUUUUCUUUAUUUCCUCCUAUACACCUAGCUUAUGAUGAACAAUCAAAUUUUUAUUAUAUAGUACAAUAUGAAAAUAACAGUUUUCUUAAUUUUAUCUUUAUUUCACCAUCAAAAUUAUCCGUUUAUUACACUUUGAAAAUAAGAGAAUUUUAUUCAGGAUGGUUAUUAAAUCCAAAUUAUGAGUAUGAUAACAAAGGUUUAAUGCUUUUUGGUGAAUAUGCUCCCUAUGAGGACGAACUUCAUAUUUGGAAUAUAACAAAUUUUCAGCAUAAUAGAUAUUUUAUAAGCAUUAUUAAAACAUACUCAAAUAUUUAA